GAAACACAAAGCUUAUGGUUAUGUGGUGAGCCAUAUGAACUGUAGAUUGUCAAAAGGCAUACUGGAGAUUUAAGGUUCCCCACUCUGAUGAGACACUCUUAAUUUUGGCACAAAGAUCAACAGAAACCCAGAGAAGACCGUAAAACACAAAUUGGAGACUAACAGACAAGUCACAGAGCAUCAUGAGCCUCAGCAGAUGCCUUCUGGAACCCACGGAGGUUAGAGAAUUUAUAAAGCAGUGUAUGCUGGCAGUUGGCACUAAAGCCAGUCAUGCCAGCAGUCUAGCAGAUGUGCUGGUGGAGGGAGACUUGCGUGGCCAUUACAGCCACGGACUCAACCGCAUGGAUUUAUAUGUAAAGGAGACUCGGGCAGGAAUCUGUGCGAAGGAGGGUGAGCCGGUGGUGGAAAAGGAGUCGGUGGCUACAGCACUUGUGAACGGGAAGAACCUCCUGGGUCCAGUUGUGGGAAACUUCUGCAUGAGUUUAGCUCUGAAGAAAGCACAAGAUGUGGGCAUCGGCUGGGUCGUGGCUUACAACUCCAACCAUUUUGGCAUUGCUGGCUAUUAUUCCAUGCAAGCACUGAAACAGAACAUGAUUGGCAUGUGCUACACUAAUACUUCUCCUCUAGUGGUUCCUACACGAGGUAAAGAGAACGACGUUGCCAGCACUUUGGGAGUGUCUGUUCUGUUGCCGACACACAGACUCGUUCAGUAAAAUGGCAGCCAGAUGGCGCUAAUGUGCAUUUCUGGAUCAAUCUUUCUUGAAUAAAGCAUCACCUGAAAUGAUGAAGUCAAGAUUUCGACUGUAAAGUGAAGCAGGAUUACAGUCACUAAAAAAAAAAUAAUUAAAUAAAUUUUAUGUACAAAAUUUUUCGUACAUUUUAUUGUCUAGUCAUAGCUUUUGAACU